ACCUCGAUGGUGACGUCGAGACGGUUCGCGUACACGUAAAGAAACUUGCUACUACUUGUCUGUCGCUGCGCUCGUCAUCAACAUUCAGUGACUGCAAGAAUCUGUUUAUCGAACCAUGCCUCACGAAGCGGGACAGCACGUCAUAGACCUCACCAACGACAGCGAUGAAGAAGGCGUCCCACCUCCUGCGGCACCUGCCCAGGCUAUACUGCAGCACAUUCCUGCCCCAGACUUGAUUCCGCCUGGACCACCGUUGGACGCGGCAGCCCGCCAGCAGCUCUACAGGGCCAUAGAAACAUGUCCCGAGGAACGACUCCGGGAUAUCUUAGCAAACAUGGUAGCUGACGACGCCGUGUCAGCGCAUGCGCUAUUCGAGCACCUGGUCGCUGUGCAUCCUCCUCAUCUCGUCGCCGAACCUGCUCAAGGACACGCCGCGGCAGCUGCCCCAGAAAUAGGUCCACGUUGGGCGACCUGCAAGUACUGCGACGAAGAAUUCGACCUAGCCGCAGAACGGGAAGAGUUCGAGUGUGUAUACCAUCCCGGUGCGUUGAAAGCCGUCGAAAUGCGAUUGCCGGACUGGGACGAGAAGGUGCACGGUUCGAUGGACACACCAGAGAACAGGGCAGCUUUGCCGGAGAAUUUCGUUUGGUCCUGCUGCGAUAGGGAUGGCGACAACCCAGAGGCUUGCACCGAAGGGUACCACGCCCCACAGGACACAGAGAAGAGACGAACGAGAUACUAGCCUGGGUGAACGCUCCUUGUAUUUUUGUUUCCUUCAUGUUGCCGUGUCCGGAUGUUACCUUGUUGUCCGUUUGCCAUAACCAAAGUCAGGGAAUGGAGAGAAUGGAAAAGAAGGCGUAGACAAACAAAAAGCCGAAUACGCACACCUCCGUGUCGAAACGAGACUUCUUGCUGUCGUCAUACCC